CCGUCUUUUGCGCUGAUCCUCUCAACACCCGCCCGCCGAACUCAAUCGCGUCGAGUCGCGCGACAAGCAUGCCACUCAGACCGGAGAGAUAGACCAUCUGCACAAUUCCUCCGCCAUUUGGCCGUCGCGAGGCUUCCCUCGAGAUUAUGACAGACAAGCUGCCACCGCUGUCGACGCCCAUCGCGCUUCCGAGUCAGCCUGCGUUCUCCCUUCCGAGUGCCGUUUCCGGUCCAGAUGUGCCUCGAAAGCAGGAGAAUGUAGAGGAGGAGCCGUACACGAUCAAGUGUAUCUGCAACUUCACUGACGAUGACGGAAACACGAUAUUCUGCGAGACGUGCGAGACAUGGCAGCACAUCGAGUGCUACUACCCAGACAACGUCGAAGACGCCCUGCGGGCUGAUUUCGCCCAUUCGUGCGCCGAGUGCGAGCCGCGAUCAUUGAAUCGCCAGCAGGCCAUCGAACGCCAACGAGCGAGGACCGCUGCGCCAGUUGUUCAAGAAGCUGCCGACAAGAAGCCAAAACGUCCGCCGUCCAAGAGCCACAAGAAGAAGCCCAAGCCGUCCGAGCUUCAGAUCAAUGGUAUCCAUAACGGCGCUUCCGAGAACACGAAGCAUGCCAGUCCCCAGGACAAUCAUCCCCACCCUCCGAAGAGGGCGAAGAACUCGCACAAGUCGAGUCAAUCAAUCAGCUCGCAGGCUCCCAAGCGCAGCCCGUCCCACGGCAGUGCGAAAGUCGCACAUGGCCACCCGUUAAGCCCUGCGACCACUCCGCCCGAUCUUCCGGAUGAUUUCGAGCUCCACAGCUACUCGACUGGCUUCUUGUCGCUGCAUAGCAACCCGGCUUUUCAGAUCGUGAACACCAACAGCUUCGCCGGGUUGCAGGUCUCGAACGCCAUGUCGGCCUGGCUGCGCGACCCGGAAAAGAUGCAGCUUGAAACCGGCUUGUCCUAUGGCGACGUUUUCCAGAAGCUUCCCUCCAACAUCGAUUCAAUACGAGUCAAGCCCGAGAUUGAGCAGACGGAGAAGGUUAUUUCCCCAGGGACUGUCAUCCAGUGGCAGUGUCUCAUAGCGCCGUCGACCGUCGAGAAGGAUGUGCCGCUUCUGGAGGUCAACGGCCAGAUUGGGUUCCAGGCCACCUACUGCGCCGACCCUCAGAAUCGAUGGACCGAGUUCACUGCGCCGCUCCCGUUUGUUCUUUUCCACCCCCUGCUUCCCCUCUACAUCGACACGAGGAGGGAAGGAUCCGAGGCCAGAUUUGUUCGCCGGAGUUGCAGGCCAAAUGCUGUUCUCGAGACAUAUCUCUCGGCCGGCAGCGAAUAUCAUUUCUGGCUAGUAAGCGACCGGCAAAUCGCGGCAAAAGAACAAAUCACGAUCCCAUGGGACUUCCGGUUCCCGCCCGCCGAGAAGGCGCGCGCCCUCCGGACACUGGGGCUCCGCGAUAACGAAGCGGGCGAAUUGGCUGUCGACGAACAUGACUACCAGAAGUAUGCCCCUUGGGUGCAUCUAAUACUCUCGGAGCACGGAGGGUGCGCAUGCAAUCUUGGCGCCGAUUGUGCGUUUGCGCGAUUCCACAGGAAUUACCUGGCAAAGACGCAGUAUCACGUCAACCCACCGAAAAGCAAGAAGCGCAAGCCGAAAGUACAUCAGGCCGUUUCGCCCACGAGCACGGGACAUGCGACGAACAGCCGGGCGCCUAGUGAGGGCCACUUGGAGGAUAUUCCCGAACAUGAUCGCCGAUCUGUGUCCAGUUCCUCGCGGAGCAAGCCGCCCAGUCGCGACAUGACCCCCACAGCACGCCAGGGCUCGUUUGAUACACUUGGUAUACUAACCGAGCCCACGGACCGGGACAAGAGGAAAGUCGCGAUGGUUGAGGACUCGUUCCGCCGCAUGGAACAACAGCAACAACAACAACCGCAGCGGAAGCGGAAACGAGCGUCUGACGGGUCGGGCGGCCCCCAGGCAAGGGCGUCCAAAGCCAGCUCCGCGACCCAGACGCCCAAUCUCCCUAGCGGCUUCCCAGAACGUGAAUACGUUGACACCGGAACCGGCCCGUCGAGGAGUAAAUCGGCAUCGCCCAGCGACGUUAGUCCCACUUACGCCCAGCCUUCUUCGAAAAACCCCGGUUUGCAGCCCGGAUCGGUCCCCGCCCGCUCUCGUCCUGCGUCGGUCGCGCCGCGUCCCAACUAUUGUGAUGCCGGGGUGCAAACGGAUCCGCCUACCACAGGCGAGACGACGGCGACUCCGAAGCGCAGGGUGGGGUUUUGCUUGAGGAAACGGCUUUUGGACAACUGGCAUCAUCUCCGUCUCGAAGAGGAAGAAAAGUCUAAACGACGCGCGCUGGAGCGGCCACACUCCGUCCCGAUGGACGUGGACAACCCGGCCGACCAUGGCGCGCUUGUGUCGUCACCAGUUUCGACCAAGGAGGGCGAAAAGGACCCUGGUGUCGGCGCUUCAGCCCCGGUUGCCUCCAAGGGUUCUUCCCUAACGGACGCACGGCCAGUGUCGCCGAUGAACACGGGCACCAACGAAAGUUCCUUGGCAACCAACGCGGCCAAGCUGAAGUCGCCCGAGCUAAGAGUACAGUUGCCCCCGGUCCCGGCGUUCGAGAGCCCCACCACUGCUCACUCGACAGCGUCAACGCCGGUAUCUGCCAGCGCCGCAAUGGUUCUUUCGCCCUUCUCCGUAUCCAGCUUCCCUAGCCCGUUUGCUCCACCAUCCGUCAACGGCAUCGCCGCGACCCCGAGUCCGGUCAAGAAGAAACUUAGCCUAAGCGACUACAAGAGUAGGAUGAACAAGGCCGCCGCUGCUCGGCCGUCGGUAGGCACCGCCUCACUGAAACCCGGCCCGAGCACAGAGGAACCCAAGUCCGCUACUAGCACGGACGGUGGCACGGCGGCCGGCUCGCCGACGGCGGACAGGGUCAACGAGGGGGCGAGUACCGCCUCCGCCGCUCGGUAGACGACAACGUGCUACGAUCGAUGACGAAAAGAGCAGUGGCGUACCGGGCUUUUUUUUUAUUUAUUUUUUUGUACAAUAUAGUAGAACGGCGACGGACCGAGGUCGCACGACGACCGGGGCAGUUGCUUACAAUGGGCGUUCUCAAAAUCGGGGUGAUGCAGGCAAUUGGCACUUUUGGGGCUUCAUCUUCAUUCCCGUUAUCCUUCCAUCUUCUGAAAAGGGCGGCCUUAUCGCUUUUUAAUUCGGAUUCGGCUGGCGGCGUUCUGGCGGAACGGGUUGGGAAUUGCGGGAUCUGAUGGGACUCUCUACUCGGACGGGCUUUAUUUUGCCACCAACGGCCGGAAAUAUGGAAUGGGGAAUUCGGGGAUUUCUUGGGUCCGGCGAGGUUUAGGUCAUUCUAUUCGGACUUCUUUUUCUUCUGAUGCUCGCCUGGGUUUGGGGCGCCGGCCGGGGUUUAGGGAGGUUGCUGCGAUCGGUUCUAGGAGUGAGUGAACGCAUGGUUUCUGAAUGGGCUUUGUUUUGUUGUUCGGUAGGCUUGGGCCAGACAGAGACUUGAGGUUUGUGGGGAAGCUUUCCUACCUAACCCUCAACUUUCUGGCCUAGGUUACAGGUACGACUACUACUGUUGUUGCUGCUGCUGCUUGGAAGCUGGGGGUUUCUUAUCCCUGGUCCAAUCAAUACAGACAGAAUCCUCCUUUUUUUUCUGU